AUGUUCAACUCUUUUUUGUUCUGCAGUGCCCUCAAUGCUGUCUUCACCAUCCCAUACCUCCUGGUGACCAUCGGAUAUGUUCGGGAUGGCCUGGAAGACAAGAAUAUCGUAUACGUGCUCAGCAGCCUCGCCAAUGCAACCAGCCAGGCGCUCUUUGCCGUGGCUCUGACUGCCGCAGCGGCCCUGCAUUGGACUCCGUGGAACGCCAUGGCCCUUGCUCGGGGGACGCUGUUCUGCGAGGCUGCGUUUGAGGUUGUCGAGAUCGCCGGAGCCAUUGACGCCUUGUACCUCCAAGCCUGGAAUGGCUGGAUCAAACUCUUGCUGGCGGGCACGUGGGCCGUUACUUCGAUUGGCCUGAUGGUCACGUCCUUUUUCCUUGACAACGACGGCGCCACUGGAUUGAUGCUGUUCGCAUUCUCCAUCGUGGCCAACUACGAAAUCAAAAUGCACUGGGCUUCUCGGACGAUACCAAAACUCGAAGCCCAGGGUCAACGAAAGCCCCGACGAGGGAAUGCCAUGGAUGCGGACUCGGACCUGCCAGCCUCGGAGAUUCUUCACCUGGAAUCCCUACGCACCUUCGUCUACGUGAUCAUCACGCUUCUUACGACGAUGCCAAUGUUCUUCUUCCUUGAUAAGUGGCCUCUUUUCUAUACUCUGCAAAUCCUGAUUGUCAACAUGUUACUUGCCUUUGGCAAUAUCUCCGGGAGGCUUUUGUCACAGUGGCCUUGCGGGCGCCAACUGCUGGACCUCGAUGGCGACGACUACUCAUCCGGGAGUGAGGAGCCCGACAUCCCACCCGAGCUGCUGCACCGUUACAGCGGCGUUCUGUAUUGA